CAGUACAAUCUGACCAUGAAGGCCUACAGUGAUGCUGGCCUCAAACAAACUGCAACGUCGGUUACAUUGAACCAGAAGAUUUGGGUGGAGUUGAAGACUACAGGACUGGAUAGUAAUUUUGUUGCCGUGGUGAUUGACUCCUGCUGGGCAAACAAAAACAAAGAAUCUGAUAAGUUACCGAAAUACGACCUGAUCAAAACAGGCUGUGCAAACCCCAAAGACAAGUCAGUGACAGUAGAGGGAAACGGUGAAGGAACGUCCAGCGUCUUGUCCUUCAGCAUGUUGCAGUUCUCCAAGAGCAAUGGUGACGUCUUCCUGCAUUGCAAAGUCAACCUGUGUGGCAAAAAGGACAAGAGCUGUGCCCCGGUAUGUAACUCAAAACGUCGCAGAUCUGCCAGGAAUAUGUACCUAAAGGGAGCCCCAGCCUUUAUCACCAUGGCGUGGACCAGUUAGGUUGUUAUCACUGCGACUUGGACAGACUCAAACGCUCAUGACUUUCGCACUGAGUCCUGACUGUGAUUCGGUCUCCGUCCAGAGUGUGGGUCAAAAUCCUACGCUGGGGAUCAAUGAGCUCAGUUCUCACAAGAAUCUUUCUUUUGAUUUUACUAUAUACUGAAUUUAUCACUGAAAGAAAGAAUGUGCAACAUUUUACUCAUACAGUAAAUAUAGCAGAACUCAAGUCUCCUGGUUAAAUGUGUCUCUGAGUCAUGACUGUCUACAAUGAGGGAGAAGCUCGAGUCCCGCUGGCUGUGUUGUUGUCAGAUCCGUGUUUACGUGGACGGGACGGCCGGCUCCUCCCCUUGUGUAUAAAAGCUGUUUUAGUCAAGGACUAGAGUCAUUCUGUGUCAAUUUACAUGUGAAGAUAAGAGCUAACUAAAGAGUGCUAAUAUUAGCAUGCUAACACAACAAUACAGCUCGAGACAAGGAUACUUUUGUUUGCUGCUUGUGCUUAGUGCUUCAUCAUGGUGCAUUCCUAUUUUAUAACGCCUUCGUGUUAACCUGAAUGGAGGGGUGUUGGAGGUGUGUCGCUGUAGGAGAGCAGAGGCUUCAGUAUGGAGGAGGCGUGGCCUAACAGAAGUUUGUUUUGGUUUAAUGCUAGUGCUCAAGGACGACAUCUACUGGAUCAAAAGGUCACACAUUCUUUCUUAAACAUCAUGUCUGUUCAGAGGAACAUUGUUAAUGCAGAGCAAAACCAUCUAAAAUGGGAAAUAAUGACCAAAUCUGUGCAUCAUCAUAAAUCGUUGAAUUAUAUUCCAACUCCGUCGAAACUAAUGCCUUAUGAUACUGACUUAAAUUUGUGGUGUUUCUAUCUUUCUUGUCUUUCCAUUGUAAGCAUACAAAAGAUUUUUAAA